GUGCCUCCAAGCUCCAUAGACGCGGUGUCCCACACAACACGAGCAAACGGUUGUCGAUUUCCGCACGGGACAGAUCCUGCACCCUCUUACUGCAAUAUGGCGACAGAGUUCCAUAACCUUCAGGAGCUGAGGCACAAUGCAUCGCUGGUAACAAAGGUGUUUAUACAGAGAGACUACAGCGAAGGAACCGUCUGCCGCUUCCAGACCAAGUUCCCCUCAGAGCUUGACAACAGGAUUGAGCGAACCUUGCUUGAGGAGACAGUGAAGAGCCUGAACUCUUACUAUGUGGAGGCCGAGAAAAUUGGAGGUCAGUCAUACCUGGAAGGAUGUCUGGCUUGUGCAACAGCUUAUAUCAUCUUCCUCUGCAUGGAGACACGCUAUGAGAAGGUGCUGAAGAAGAUAUCAGGCUACAUCCAGGAGCAGAAUGAGAAGAUCUACGCUCCUAGAGGUCUGCUACUCACAGACCCCAUAGAGAGAGGAAUGAGGGUUCUAGAAAUCAGCGUGUUUGAAGACCGGGGCUCGGGCAGCUCCAGUCCCAGCAGCAGCAUGUCAUCGGCCGGCAGCAGCGCUCGGUGACUGGAGGUGCAGCGCCAGGCUUACGGGUACCACCACAGGGGCAGCGGAACACUUACCAACAUCCGCAUGCUGAAACAUGAGAGCACAAGGUUCUAAGUAGAGCGGAGAGAAAAAGGCGAGGAGGUGAUCCACAGCUUUCACACUCUCCCUGCCUCCUUGAGAACAGGAGCUGGCUUACACAAACACACUGGAUACGCAACAGAAUAAACACAAGUGCAACAGAACCCACACAUAGGCAGUAGACACAUGUAAAAGCCAACAUCCAGAGUGUCUGUGAGGGAAUAUCCUUCACUCUCCAACAGCUAUCCAAACCAAAAUAAUCAGAAUUUCUUUUGUUCCAUUUUCUUUCAUUCCAUCACGUCUGUUUCCAUGAGUCACACCAUCUCUGUCGUAUGGCAGAUUCAGCAGACUUACCCUUGAUUAGACUGGACGUCAAUGCUUGAUUGUUUUCAGGGGGGUCACUGUCACUAUGUACAUCUGCUGAUGCAUUGGCAGUGCAGUCUUAGGUCUGUGCAGCAGCUCUGAAAUCUGGAAGGAGGAAAACUACCAGCCUCCUGGGAGACCCAAUGUUCUCCGGUCUCGCUGAAUGAUUGCAUUCAUGUCAUGUGGUUGGGGUCAAGCCGCUUUGAAUGCUGGCAAAUUGGGCCUGCUGUGGGGCCGCUUGGUUCUAUGCUCUGUUCACAUGCAUUUGGCUUCAAAAUCAAACAGCUAACAGAGAGCACCUUGGAUUAUUUAUCCUUCUCAUUCACAGCAGUGGAUACUGGUGAUCCACAUCACAGCUGUAGGUCACACUCCUACGCAUGCACACACACACACACACACACACACACACACACACACACACACACACACACACACACACACUCUCUCUCUCUCUCUCUCUCUCUCUCUCCUACACACACACACAUGCAUACAACCGUGCCCAAGUACUCAUUCAGACACAUACUAGCAAGGGGACAUGCACGCACAUUCAUAUACACAAACACACACCUGUGGCUAGUGGCCAUGCGUUCCUGCACACACACAGAUUUUGGCAGACGUGGAGUUAGAGUUGACUUAGCCAGACAAUAUUCUCUGUGGUCUCAGCUCAUUGGGAACGCAAGCAAACCCAGGCUCUGUAAGACCGUGCUAGUUUCCCUGGUAGUAUGUACAUGAAUCCAACACAUUCUCAUCACUGGUCGUCAAACACUGACACUGCUUUGUCACGCCCCUCGGCAUCUCAUACUGACAUACAAAGUACCAUUUAGUGUCUGUAUGAUACGCCUUUUUAACGUUGUGAAACGGUCACUGUUUGGUUAGGUUUAGGCACCAAAAGUACUUGGUUAGGAGUAGGAAAAGAUCAUGGUUUGGAUUAAAAUAAAUACAUUACGUGACUUAAGUUAUGUAACUUAAAACUUUAAAUAAGUCAACGCUGACUUUUGGUUUCACACGGGACACGAACCCUGGAGUCCUGGGUGAAAAUCCUGUGUUUGUUUGACCCCCCAUCCUCCUCGACCUCCUCCCUAUGCAGACUUUUACGCUCUUUAUUCUACAUCACCUGACUUACUAAAGGUUUUCUGACAAAACGUCGGUAUUUGACGACCUGGGACUGAGAACGGGCUAAUGUAUCUGGUGUGUUGGGGUGUGUAUGUGUCUGUGCCAUUAGUCCCAGCCUCACCUAGUGUGAGAUGAAAGCUUGCUGAUCAUUAAGGAGACGUCAAAGAGCAAGGAUAAGUGCACUAAAUGAGAACCAAACACAUCCUGACACAUUUGGUUCUAAGAGAACUGAAAUAGUGUGGGUUGUUAUCACUACAGGUGUUUGAUUUACAUUAACCAGUAUGGGAGUUCAAUACCUGAACCUCUAUCUCUGUCUUCACAGCUCUUAUGUAGAUGCAGAUUAUUUUUAAUUAUACAAAAUGCAAAAUCAGAACAAUGAUCAAAAAAUAUCCAUCUAGAAUGUACUGUAUUUGACAUGCACACAACACCAUUAAGACAGAGAGAGAGAGAUCUUGAUGCAGAUGAAGAUUUUCUCUGUCAUCAAAGUCUUUCAGUUCAUUAGUGCCAUCUGUCAUUUGUCAAUUUUGUAUUAUCAGAAAUAUAGGGAUCACUUUAUAUGUCAUUUUGUCAGUGAAACACAGUUAUAGCUCCCUCUACUGAGGAAAUUUAGAACUUUUGAAAGAAAAAUCACUAAAAAGACACCUUAAUGAAACAUAAUAUUAAUUUAACACAUCUUAUUCACACUACUGCUCUGCUCUGCAGGUACCUUUUGUAAUAGAAUAUAUUCCUUACACAAGACAAUUCAGCCUGAGGAACAUAAAUUCUGUCUCUCUUUGUGGGAAGUAGUGCAUCCUGUCUGACUAACGUAUAUAUGUGUGUGGAGGCUGAUGAGACAAAAGACGAUCAUUAUGUAGCAGAAAUAUGGAUACCAGUAGACAGCACACCCACACAAUGUCUAACAAACCCCCUGAAAAAACUUAAGUCCUGUUUCAGUGUCUGCAUAUUUUAUUUCAGUUGCCACACUUUGUCUUCUUCUUUCUUUUCCCAUUUUCAGUUUUGUUUUCUUUAAACUCGCCACAUAGUUACAGUAGCUAUGAUCAAAACCCUCAGCAGAGCCCCUGCCUUGCAACCAGCCUUGUGAACUUUGACCAGAGCAGUGUCAAGUUGAAGUUAAACGACUCACUGGAAAGUCAUUGUAGAAUUGAAGACGUUUUGCUUCAGUCUAGUGGGUAGUUUAAUUUCAACUCAACAUUUUACUACCUGGAUGAGUGACAAGAACCUAAAAAGACAUUUUACCACAGCAGUUGAGUUCAGUUGUGCUUGUGUUCAGCCUCCUGUGCUUUUUGAUGCCUUCAUGUUUCAUCCCAGUGGAAUGGAUACCCAACCUGGGGCUGAUGGACUGACCAAUUUAAAAAUGACUCAACACUGCCAAUAAGCAUAUAAAGGAGCUCAUUGGACAAUGUAUAAAGACAAAAAACAGUGAUUGUGUAUGAACUGUAUAGGAGAAGAACUGCGCUGUACAUGCUUGUCUAUGAUAAUCCAUGCUGAGUUUGUGAAGUGUUGAAGAAGUGGAUGGAAAUGCCAUAAUGCUAUUUAAUUCCAAAACAUCACUGUUUCCCAGUAUUAGACCCUAAAAACAUUUUUAAUGUUUUGAUAUCGUUUCUAAUUUGGGCAUCAAGUGACAUAGCAGCUAUGAAAGCAUAUCGUCUGUACAGCUGUGAGCUGAUGUGUAGUAUCUUCUGUAAAGUGAAGAUAAUGUUUUGUUUUGUCCGAACAGUGAUUAAAGUGUUGAUAAUGUAGCUUAUGAUAUUGUUAGUAAUAAUAACAAUGUCAGUUAUUAUUGUAGAGGUAAACAGAGGGGUGAUGAUGAUGAUCCUCAGGGGAAAGUGUAAAAUGUGCCAUAUUCAAAGGAUAAAAUUAUUAAAGGAUAGGUUCACAUGUUUAGCCAUGCUAGCUACUUCAGGGAUAGCAGUGUUGGUAUGUCGGUUGGUCCACCACUUUACAGACUGAAAUAUCUCAACAACUAUUGCAUGGGUUGACAUGAAAUUUGGUACAGACAUUCAUGUUCCCCUCAGAAUGAAUUGUAAUAACUUUGAUGAUCCCUCAACUUUUCAUCUAGCACUAUCAUCAGGUCAAAAUUUGGUUUAUGAUGUCCACGGUGCCCAGAGGAUGAAUCCUUCUGACUUUGGUGAUCCCCUGACUUUUCCCCUAGCCCACCUGCAGGUUAAUCUUUUCACAUAUUCACUGAAAUAUCUCUACAUCUAUUUGAUGGAUCAGCACAAAAUUCAUGGUUCCCAGACAAUUUAUCGUAAUGACUUUAGUGAUCCUCUGACUUUUCCUCUAGUGCCACUAUGAGGUUGAUCUUUGUGGUUUUGAAUGAAAUGUCUCAAGAACUAUAGGAUGUAUUACCAUAAAAUGUGGUUCAGACAUUCAUGUUCCCCUCAGAAUUAACUGUAAUACUUUGGUGAUCCCUCAGCUUUUCAUCUGCGCUUUAAUCAGGUCAAAAUUUGGUUCAUGACCAAAUGCCUGCAAAACUAAUGACAUUCCCAUCAGCCUCAGGUGUACUUUGGGUUUACUGUUAAUCAGUAAAUGUUAACAUGCUAAAACCUAAACUAAGAUGGUGAACGUUUUACCUGCUAAACAUUAGCAUGUUAGCAUUGUCAUUGUGAGCAUGUUAGCAUGCUAGCAUGGCUGUAGACUGUUUUACGUAUAUCUUUAAACAAUACCCCUAUCCAAUAUGUACAUUGAAAGAGCAGGAAGAAUUACAGGAGGAAUGUUUACAGCAACCAAUAACUCUUUCAAUGACUCUUUUAAUAAACAUAUGGGCACGUGAGUAGCUUAUUAAGAGAAAAAUCUGAACCUAUCCUUUAAGACUAAGGUGAAAAAGAAGCACAAUAACACAUAAUAUGGCACACAAUAUUAUAAGGUGUUAUGUAGCUUGUUCUUUCAGGAGCGACUUCUUUGAUUAAUGAAGACAACCAAGGGUGUGAAGAUUAUGAUAUUGCAUUAAAUGAAUUCUCAUAAAUAGAUGUGCCAUGAGAUAUAAGUACGUUAUCACAGAGAUUAAACUUUGGGUCCUUAAACCUCUAUCAUGCUGACUAUCAAGAUAACCUCCGUGCCAACACAUGUCUUUGGAAGAGAAGCGUAGAUCUAAAACUUGUGGACCAAGUGAUGAUGUAUAAUCCAUGUCAAUAUGUAAAUUCCCUACAGGUCAUAUAUUUAUCCUGUAUUGUAUCUGAGAGUGCAGCAAGUCCGUUCAGACAUGUGGAGUCAUCAGUAAGCUCAAAAACUGUAUGUAUGUUAUGCUGUUACAAGUGAGAGAUUAUUCAUAGUGCAAUAUGAUGUCUUCCUAAAAAUGUAAAAGAUGAUGUGUAGCAUCUCAGUUCCAGCCUCUUUGAGUUGCUUUGAGUUCUGAGCCGUUCUGUCUCCAUGAGACUAAAACCGCAUUGAUGUUUAAUGCUGCAUGAUGUGUUUGUAAACAAAGCGAGUGCCAGAUGACAAGAACUGAAAUCCCUGAUCAACAAAGUCCCUCUGUUGUGCUGCUAAAGUAGAGGAAUUUAUAUCUUAUCUUGGUGUUAUUUAUGUUUACAUCGGAUUAUUUACAUAUUAAUUGAAAUGGAUUCAUGUAUUUUUAUCUCAAAGCUGAUUAUUAUUCAAAGCCUGGGGAGAAGAGUUUCAACUGUCUCCAAGAGAUGAAUAAAGCGUUUGAUGAAGAUGAUGGAAAGAGAA